AUGGCCAUGUUUCUGCCAUCCUUCGCACAAGGAAUUGUGGUCACUGCGCGCGCGGAGCCGGCGUACCCUGUUCGCUACACCGGUCCCGCGUUGGGUCCGGAGCGCGGCCGCGUGGCCGGGGCAGCAUGUGCAGCUGGCUGUUGCUAUCUCCGAGUUUCGGGCCAGCGCAGAGGCCGGCGUUGCAAGGGCUCGGAGGCCAGCGAAAAGCCCCAAGGGAAGGAAGUCCAGAAAGAGGCGUCGGGCACGGCCAGUGACACCGAGCUGGAUGUGAACGACAUGACGGAGGAGGAGUGCACUGACUACGUCUUGGCCUUCGCAAGGGAGUUGAUUGGGAUGGUGCCGAUUGCUGGGCCGUUGGCAAAUGCCUUGGAGGCUGCUGAAAAGGGAGAUACGGAGCACUCCAUGUUGAACUUCAUGUGGCUGGUGGCCGAUGUCGCGACUUUCGGCCUAGACCAAGAGGCCAAGAUUGCCACCCAGGCCGCUGAGCAGGCCAUGCGUUUGGCGAAGCUUGGCCAGAAGGGGGUGCAGAUCGAGAGGCUGGCGCAGGCAGCAAGGAGUGCUCAGAACAUGAAGGAGAUCGGGGGGGAAGUCAGGAUGGCCCUCCUCAUUGUUGAGAAGUCCUUCAGAGCGUAUGACCGAGUGGCAGACCACGAGAAGCCACUGGUGGCGGCAAAAAAUGAUUGA